GUUCACUAUUGUUUAGCAAAAAAAAUGAUUUCUUUCCAUCUCUCAAAAUUUCCGUCAUGAUUGUACGCUUAUUAGUGGAUUGACUGGACUGUAUAUAUAAUCUGAUCUUAUCUCUCAAAAUUCGUUAUCUUGUCUCAAAGAGUUUGUGCAGUUCUUGUUAAGUGUUAACCCAAAAUGACAGAAGUGAAGAAUGUGAUUGCCAAUGAUAUUACUGAAUUGAUAGGUAAUACCCCUUUGGUAUAUCUCAACAAUAUCGUGGAUGGUUGUGUUGCUCGUGUGGCAGCAAAGCUAGAGAUGAUGGAGCCUUGUUCCAGUGUAAAAGACAGGAUUGGGUACAGUAUGAUCAAAGAUGCAGAGGAGAAGGGCCUGAUUAAACCUGGGGAGAGUGUCUUGAUUGAACCAACAAGUGGUAAUACUGGUAUUGGAUUGGCAUUUAUGGCGGCUGCAAAGGGAUACAAGCUAAUUAUUACCAUGCCGGCUUCCAUGAGCCUUGAGAGGAGAAUCAUCCUAAGAGCUUUUGGCGCUGAAUUGGUCCUUACAGAUCCUGCCAGGGGCAUGAAAGGAGCUAUGCAGAAAGCAGAAGAGUUAAAGGCAAAGACUCCCAAUUCAUAUAUUCUUCAGCAAUUUGACAAUCCAGCAAAUCCAAAGAUACAUUACGAGACCACCGGGCCUGAGGUCUGGAAAGGAACAGGUGGCAAAGUUGAUGCUUUUGUUUCUGGGAUAGGUACUGGAGGUACUAUUACCGGUACAGGGAAAUUCCUUAAAGAACAAAACUCCAAUAUUAAGUUGUAUGGUGUAGAACCUCUUGAAAGUGCAGUUUUAUCUGGAGGAACACCUGGUCCUCAUAAAAUCCAAGGGAUCGGAGCUGGUUUUGUCCCAGGAGUACUGGAGGUUGAUUUGAUCGACGAAGUUGUUCAAAUAUCAAGUGAUGAAGCUAUUGAAACUGCUAAGCUUCUUGCACUGAAAGAAGGCUUGUUGGUCGGUAUAUCAUCGGGUGCAGCUGCUGCAGCUGCGAUUAAGUUAGCUAAGAGGCCAGAAAAUGCAGGAAAAUUAAUUGUUGCGGUUUUUCCUAGCUUUGGCGAGAGGUAUUUAUCAACUGUGUUGUUUGAUUCCUUGAAGAAAGAGGCCGAGAACAUGCUUUUUGAGCCAUGACUCUUCACCAGCCCGAGAUAAACCCUUUGAGAUUUUUGUUUGGGAGGUUUAAGCAGCUUUUAGUUGUAUUUUUCUCAAUAAGUUUCCCUACAUUGUGUGAAAUUUGUGGUUCCUGCAUUAAUAAAUCUGAAAUGACUCACGAUUAUGUUUAGGAACAUUUUUUUUAAAGGAUGUAACA